CUCCUAGAGCUGUUGUCCGGCGCGCCUGCGCAGUAGGCCUGGAGCCUGGCAAAUCUGAAUGGCCUCGCCUUAGGGGUUGUGUCUGUGCGGCUGCGCGCGAGCCGGGUGCCGCGGUACUUAACUUCGCUUCGCGGGGUUGUCGGAGGUAGCCAUGCAGAGAGCCGACCAGGAGCUUCCCGCUAAGCGGCCCCGCUCCGAUGGCAGCCCAAGGACGCCAACGAGCACUCGUCCUGCAGCAGCGGACCAGUCUGCAGAUGCCGACUCCGAAAGCAGCGACCUCCGAACCUGGGAUCUGGAGGACGUGUGCUCCUUCUUAGAGAAAUGUGGUUUCCGAGAGAAGAAAGUGCUGGACAACUUCAGAGAAAAUAAAAUCACUGGUUCGUUUCUGCCCUUUUUGGAUGAGGAUCGUCUUGAAAAUCUGGGAGUAAGUUCCUUGGAGGAGAGGAAGAAGAUGAUAGAAUGUAUCCAACAGCUGAGUCAGUCUCGGGUUGAUCUAAUGAAGGUCUUUAAUGAUCCUAUUCAUGGCCAUAUUGAGUUCCACCCUCUGCUUAUCCGGAUCAUCGACACACCUCAGUUCCAGCGGCUUCGCUACAUCAAGCAGCUGGGAGGUGGCUACUACGUUUUCCCUGGAGCAUCACACAAUCGGUUCGAGCACAGCCUUGGCGUGGGGUACCUAGCAGGCUGCCUCGUGCGAGCGCUUGCCGAAAAACAGCCAGAGCUGCAGAUCAGUGAGCGAGAUAUGCUCUGUGUUCAGAUUGCCGGGCUCUGCCAUGACCUAGGUCAUGGGCCAUUUUCUCAUAUGUUUGAUGGAAGAUUUAUCCCACUUGCUUGCCCAGACAAAAAGUGGAGGCAUGAAAAGGGCUCAGUUGAUAUGUUUGAGCAUCUGGUUAAUUCUAAUGAACUCAAACCUGUCAUGAGAAACUAUGGUCUCAUCCCUGAAGAAGACAUCACGUUUAUCAAGGAGCUAAUUAAGGGGCCACCUGAAACACCAGUCAAAGAAGGUUCGUGGGAGUAUAAAGGACGCCCUGCCACGAAGAGCUUCCUUUAUGAGAUAGUGGCUAACAAAAGAACUGGCAUCGAUGUGGACAAAUGGGAUUAUUUUGCCAGAGACUGUCACCAUCUUGGAAUCCAAAAUAAUUUUGAUUACAAGCGCUUCAUUAAGUUUGCCCGUAUCUGUGAAGUAGAGUACAAGAGCAAGACAGGUGUCCGUAAGGUGAAGCACAUUUGUACAAGAGAAAAGGAGGUUGGAAAUCUGUACGACAUGUUCCACACACGCAACUGCUUACAUCGCAGAGCUUAUCAACACAAAAUCGGUAACCUCAUCGACAUAAUGAUUACAGAAGCUCUCCUCAAAGCAGACCCCUACGUGGAGAUUACAGGGAGUGCCGGGAAGAAGUUCCAUAUUUCCACAGCCAUCGAAGACAUGGAAGCCUUCACUAAGCUGACGGAUAACAUUCUUCUCCAGAUUUUAUACUCUGCGGACCCACGGUUGUCUGAGGCCCAAAGUAUUUUAAGGAACAUUGAAUGCCGCAAUCUAUACAAGUAUUUGGGUGAGACCCAGCCGAAGGGUGAGAAGAUUAGGAAGGAUGAAUAUGAACAGCUUUCCCAAGGCGUUGCUAACGCCAAACCUGAAAAAGCCCCAGAUGUUGAACUGAAGGCUGAAGAUUUCAUAGUUGAUGUUAUCACUAUGGAUUACGGGAUGGAAGACAAGAAUCCAAUUGAUUAUGUUUACUUCUAUUGUAAGAGCAACAGCAGGCAAGCGGUCACAAUCACUAAAGAUCAGGUAUCACAACUGCUGCCAGAGAAAUUUGCAGAGCAGCUCAUUCGAGUGUACUAUAAGAAGAAAGACAGGAAGAGCCUGUACGCUGCACUGCAGCACUUCAAUCAGUGGUGUGCCCUCAGGGACUUCACCAAGCCACAGCUAGUGGCUACUCUUCCAGAGGACCCUGGUUCAAUUCCCAGCACCCAGCAACCACAUGCGGCUCACAACCAGCUGUAACUCCAGUCCCAGAGGAUCUGAUGCCCUCUUCUGGCCUCCGAUGGUGACAUUAUAGCUCCACUCAUAACACCUCUGAAAUGGAAUAAAAAGACUUCAUCGUGCAUCCAAGAAGUUUCCAAAGUAAAAACGUGCCUAAAAUUUUAAGGGAAUGUCUACAGUUAGUUCUUUUCAAAAACUUCUUUCCCUCUUCACAAUUAAGUUAGGAAAUAGAAUCAGAGCCCAUUAGUACCUUGAAUGUAUGCUUGUGCCGUGGGGUGGGGGGAAGGUCAUUUUUAUAUUCAAAACAAAAAGAUUAACAAAAUUUUCCUAUCUGUCCUGUAAUGAUUUGAAUAAAAAUGGUUCCCAUAAGCU